CACUACAAAUGAAAUAUUGAACACACGUAAACAUGCGCUGGAAAAAAUUCAACAAAAAGAGAGGGUAUUUUGUAAUCUUUUGAUUUUUGUAUCUAAAAACUAGAGUUGACGUGAUAUAGAUAAAUUAUGGCUAAUGUUAAUGUAAGAACUGGGGAAAGUGUUGAUCCUCAAAAAGAAGAACGAGAAGGAAAAGUAAGGGAAGUGGGAUGCCAAGCUGUUUGGUCGUUGUCGUCUUGCAAACCAGGUUUUGGUGUUGAACAAUUAAGAGAUAAUUGUUUGGAAACAUAUUGGCAAUCUGAUGGACCACAACCACAUUUAGUCAAUGUUCAAUUUCGUCGAAAAACAACUAUUCAAGAUGUUUGCAUUUAUGCUGAUUACAAAUUGGAUGAAAGUUAUACACCAAACAGGAUAUCAAUUAGAGCCGGAAGUCACUUUCAUGAUCUUCAAGAAGUAGAAGUAGUGGAAUUAAAUGAGCCAAGUGGCUGGGUUCUCAUAUUGUUACGUGAUUCUAACGAUAAACCUAUUAGGACUUUUUUAGUUCAAAUUGCAGUUUUAUCAAAUCAUCAAAAUGGACGUGACACACACAUGCGCCAAAUAAAAGUUCAUUCUCCAGUUCAAAAUGUUUGUAUGUCUGCUUUGAAACUUCCUCCAUUUUCUAGUGUUGAAUGUUCUUCAUAUAGUUGUAUCAGAUAAGUAUAAACUAUGUAAACAAAUCAAUUUUCUGCAAAAUAAAAACAAUAAUAAAGUUUUUAUAAAGAAUCACUUUUGGUUACUUAAUUUUAGGAUAUUUGAAAUUCACAAACAAUAUUAAUAUUUUAGUAGAAAUUGAAUCAGUUGUAGCGAAUUAAAAAUGGGAAUAAGGGGGCGAGCGGAAGAAUUUGAUCGCUGAUGAUGGCUAGGAGAAACUUUCCAGGCAAGAAAAUUAAAAUUGUGUGUAGCAUCAUCUGUUACGGGAUUUUAUUUUAACUUUUUAUAUUAAAAAACCAGGUAACUUCCAGUUCAGAUAGGAAGUUGCGUGAUUUUACCGAUUAACUAUAUACC